AUGGCCUUCUCUUUGAUAAGGGAACAUAUUGUGGUGCUUCCUGUACCUAAGAGCAUUGCAUCAGUGGGUGUUGAUAAUAUCCCUCUAGUUAUUAGUCGUAAUGCUUGGUUGUGCGUCUUUUUGAGUGGUUUGAGAGUCACCUCUGUGGAUGUAAUGAGUGGCGGUCGUUCGAGAGUCACCUCUGUGGCUGUAAUGAGUGGCUCACAACAAUAA